AUGGCGGACCACACUCGACGUUCAGCCAUCCGUAGCUCCUCAAGGUCCUCCUCUGAGGGCGAUACCCCCGGCUUUACCAACGAUCCGACCAGUACCAACGAUACUGCCGAGUCUAGAUCCGGAUGGUGGCCCUCUAAUACAACCCUUGAAAUUCUCCAGGCGCACCUGGAAGCUGACGCCGACUCUGAUUCUUCUGAAGCUGAUGGACCGCGGGUGCACCCCGACUUCUUCGUCCAUCUUGAAAACCUACGAAGGUUCAACGAAACCAAUCGAGUAAAUGCGCGCAGGGAAGCCGAAGCCCGGUAUCAAGCUGCUCUGAUGCGUAACCCGUCCCAGUAUCAAACUCAUCGAAUGCUUUUUCAUUCCCAGUAUGAAGCUUCUCAAAUGCUCAACCAAUCCCAGAAUGAAGCUUCCCGCAUGCUCAACGAGUCGCAGCAUGAAGUUUCUCGGAUGAUUAAUGAAUCCCACCUUCGAAGUUCGCAAUUUGUCAACGAAUUCAACCAACCCUCGUACCAUGCCGGUGCCGAUCAUGGAUUGCAGUCAUCGGCGAUGGGCAUGCGUGAGGGAAAUGCAACCCAAGAUUCCCCUACAGCCGGACCAUUUGAGCCGAUGCCACAUGUUCAUUUUCAGACAACUGAUCCCAUGGGUUCUGAUCACUCCAGGGACAAUUCCUAUCACAAUAGGCCUCCUUCUCCUUACCCUACCGAGUCUCGGUGCCAACCGUCUACUGUUCCAGACACAGUGGCAACUCCUCCUAUGCCAGCACCUCAGCCACGCCGGUAUACAGAAUUUGGAAACCCUUACAGACUCCCAUUCGAUCCGGCUCCGUUUCCUGAGGGUGCCAUCCCUUAUGGUCCAGAACGGAUUCUCCAAGCGUGGCUCAUCCGGCAGCAGCUUAUUGCCGGCAUUCGUCCUGAAAAUCUUCAGCCCAUGUCGCAACCACGAGGAAGGCAGCAUCGGACGCCUCCUUACAUCGUGCUGAAUGAAAGUGGUGCCCAUAUCAUAAGAAUCGAGCCUGCUAGAUUCGAGGGUACUAUGCUUCCUCUGCCUGCUCUUCCUUGGUUGCCGCGGCGCGCAAAUAAUAACGCUCCCACUGCGCCUGUUUCAUCGAAUACACCCGAUGCUUCGGAUCUGCCCACUGCUCCAAAUAUCGCGACUGCUCCAAGCUCAGCGAGUAAUCUAAACUCACCAGCUGUCCCAAAUCCGUCGCCUGACACAAACCCACCGGCUGCUACACACCUGUCAGCUACUCUAAACCCGCCGGCUGCCCCAAAUCUGUCGGCUGCCCCUACUCCGUCAGCUGCCGCAAAUUCGCCUGUUCCCUCGCACCUGCCAGCUUAUGCAACUCUCCUAGCUGCUCUAACCCCACCGGAUCCUCCGACCUUGCCGGCUGGUCCAAACCCAACUAGUGUUCUAUACUCGUCGGGUGCCCCAGACUUGUCGGCUGCUCCGAAAUCGUCGAUUACCCCAAAUCCGCCAGUUGCAAGAACCUCGCCGGCUGCUUCACACCUACAAGCUGCCGCAACCCUGCUGGCUGCUCUAACCCCGCCGGCUGCUCCACCCCUGCCAGCUAACCAUAGGGUUGUUUCGGAUCCAACUGUUGAGCCGGGACAGGGUUCGGGAGAUCUCAAUCAACAUGUUGCGGAAAGUGUGGAGCCAGAUCCACGUAUGGUGGCCUUCUUCCAACUUCUUAGGCUGCAUGAACCUGCUAAUUCAGUCUCACCUUCAGUGUCGGAUGCGCGUCCAGAAAUACCAAGCACAUCUGAGCCCGGUCCCAACGAGAACAGCCAAACUUCCGUUGCUUCCCUCCACUCUCAGUCGCAGGCCAGCAUGCCGUUGACUAUGCAAAACCGUACCGAUGCUGAUUCUAUCAGUUCUCAGGAAGUUUUCGGGGUUGGGGUGUCUCCCGCUCAUUCGCAGGACCGAGAAUCUUCAACUAUCUCUUCUUUGUCGAACGAAGGAACCGAGAUCGAUAACGUUCCUUCUCCCCAGGCCCCCAAUGGCAAUGGGGUUGUGCAUCAUGCAGUCACCUGGUCGGAGCCCGAGGACCCAGACGAGUCCACUGCGCCUCGUCUCCGUCGUUUUGUCAUCGACGGAGUAGACGAAUCGAUUGGGGAGGGCCGGUCGUCUGGGGAUGCUGAGACUGCCGGUGAUCAAUCCUCCUUGGGAGGGUUGAUCUGA